UGACACUGGUGACAACUCAGUAGCAUCUGGCUGCCCCUUUUUUGCCAUAUCCUCUGAAAUCUGACAAGUUUUAGGUCACAUUUAGUUUUUAACAAUGCAGUCCGACACGUUGCUGCACGCUGCAAACUUCAGCACCCUGCUAAUGUGCAUGGUGCUCAAGUUCCCGCAGAUCUUUGCACUGAUGCGAGCCAAGUCCUCGGCAGGACUCAGCUUCAACAGUCUACUUCUCGAGCUGCUCGGGUAUAUUGUUUUUGUAACAUACCAGAUGUACUAUGACUACCCACCGCCAACAUACCUGGAAUACCCAAUCCUCAUUGCUCAAGAUGCCAUCCUCCUGCUCCUCAUCCUGCACUACAACGGCAGCCUGAAGCAGAGCCUCCUGUACACCUUGCUGUUUGUCGGGGGUUGGAAGCUCCUCACUCUGGAGAAGUGGAUCAUAGAUUCGGCUAUGAGCCUGUGCACAUUCAUCAGUGCAGCGAGUAAAUUUGCCCAGCUGCAGUGCAUGUGGAAGUCUAAGGACGCGGGACAGGUUAGCGCUCUCUCCUGGGCAAUGGCUACCUACACAUGUUUAGCACGGAUUUACACCACCACAGUGACAACUGGAGACAUGCAGGUUCUGGUGCGGUUCGUCGUCAUGACGCUGCUCAACAUGUGGGUGCUGCUCACCGUGCUGUACUACCAGAGGCAGCGCAGCAGCAGCUCCAAGAAGGAUGACUAAAGCUGGAGCUGGAUCCUGAGGCGGGCUGUCCUGUAAACCUGCUGACCCUGCUGGCUCCAGAUCUGUGUAGCAGAGAUCUCCGCGUUACUUCAGACUGAAAAACAAACCUCACAUGUAAAGACGGUUAUGAAGGCAGCUUUUGUAAAAUUCACCCAUCAAAUGUGCUUUUUUUUACCUCCGUUUUAAAUCUUUAUCUUUUUUAUAACAUUUCAGAGACAAAAAACUGCAACCUAUUGUCAUUUCAGAGACUAACGCCUUUUCCUACUGUAUGUGACACAAUAUAGUGUUUUUAGAUAAAGAGCACAAGAACAAUAUCUGAGAUGUUUCUAUGCAAUAUGAGAAAUACUGUAAUUUGUAAAGCAUUCCUUAUCUGAACUAUUUUAAUAAAGCAUUCCUUACAUUGUG